AAGAUAAUGGACAUUUUUAUACAGGUUAAAUCAUGUCAUCCAUUAUCAACAACAACGAUGUCUCACAAAUUGCCAGUUUCUAUAGGGAUCGCAGUAUUUUUAUAACCGGUGCCACGGGUUUUAUGGGCAAAGUUUUGGUGGAAAAGUUAUUGCGAUCGUGUAGUGAUGUUAAACAUAUAUACAUAUUGUUGAGAUCCAAAAAAGGUCUGAACCCCCGGACCAGACUCGAGGAACUGCUCAACACUAAAAUCUUUGAUAAGCUUCGAAAUGAGAACCCGAAAGCCCUGAAUAAAGUGGUGGCCAUUACGGGUGACAUCACUCUCGAUGGUCUGGGAAUCAGCGACUCUGAUCUCAAACUAUUGCUAAACGAUGUCUCAGUUGUAUUUCAUUCAGCAGCGACUGUCAAAUUUGACGAACCUUUAAAGACAUCAAUUGAGUUCAAUGUAUUGGGAACGAGACGAUUAAUCGCAUUGUGCCAUAAAAUGCCAAAUCUAGUGGCUUUAAUUCAUGUGUCGACCGCUUACGCUAACUGUAACCGAUCGGAAAUUGAAGAACUGGUAUACGAAGCACCGGUAGAGCCGCAAAAUGUCAUCGAUAUUGUCAAUUGGAUGGAUGAAGAUGUGGUCAAUACGAUUACACCAAAACUAAUUGGCGAUCGACCUAAUACUUACACUUUUACUAAAGCGUUGGCCGAAAGUUUAUUGCUCGAUGAGUGUGGUAGUCUACCCGUGGCCAUUGUGCGGCCAUCAAUAGUGACGGCAUCGUGGAAGGAACCAAUGUCCGGAUGGGUAGAUAACUUGAACGGACCAACCGGUCUAAUAACUGCAGCCGGUAAAGGUAUCUUAAGGUCAAUGAAUUAUAACUCGAAAGCAACGGCUGAUAUUGUCCCGGUGGACAUUGUCAUCAAUUUAAUGAUUGCCAUCGUCUGGUUUACGGCCACUCAACGACCAAACGGUGUACUUGUGUACAACUGUACGUCCGGUUCUCUAAAUAAGUUUAUAUGGGGUCAACUCAACGGUUUUAUUAGUUAUUUGUUUGAAUACCCGAGUGGCCAACUUUACCGAUACCCAAGUUUACAUCUGAAAGAGUCACAGUUUAUGAAUAAAAUGUGUGAAUUGUUUGACCACAUAAUACCCGCUCAUCUAUUUGAUGGACUGAUGGCACUAUUCGGUCGCAAACGUAUUAUGGUUCGCAUCUAUGAGCGUCUGCACCGUUCGGUUAGAGCUCUCGAAUGGUUCACAACUCAUGAGUGGAACUUUACCAACAAUAACAUACUGAUGCUCAUCGACCAGCUUAAGGGUAUUGAUCGUCAGAUAUUUCAUUUUGAUGUCCGUGCAGUCAAUUGGUCGACCUAUUGGGGUGACUAUGUGUUGGGCACUCGUCAAUAUAUACUAAAAGAGGAUAACAGUACACUACCCGAGGCCCGGCAUAAUCUUAAUAAGCUAUACUAUCUAAAUAAAUUGUUUGGUGUACUGUUUCUAUUGUGUUUGUGGCAAACUUUCUCGUUUGGCAUACCAUUCAUAUCUAGAAAACUAUUUUAA